ACGGUAUCAAUAAGUAUCAGGUUCAAGGCCUUAAUGAGGUGCGGUGACGCGGGGUCUGUUUUGGAACUAUUGUAUUAUGACGUCAUAUAACUAAUUAGUUUUAUUAGUCACUGUUGACCAACAAAAGAAACCAAUGGAGAACACUGUAGGUUUAUUGACGGAUUUGUUUUCGGCAAAGAAGAUGGACUGCAAAUGUCCAGCAAAAGACAUGCUCUUAACUGAGACCAGUGUGGAGACACCCUGCGCCUUCACUAGAAGGCAAAGCAAGAAUCCUCUGAAAAGAAAGAGCAUGGAUGUUCUUCACGACGGACCUGAGCCUCAGCCCCAGGAGACGCCAGGUAAAAGGAGAAGAACAAAGACAGAAGAGAACGAUUCAAAGGCACCCCGCUCCUUCAAUGGAGCAGAAAGCAUGGAGAAUCCUCUGAAAAGAAAGAGGAUGGCUUUUUCUCAUGAGGGACAUGUGCCUCAGACCGAGGAGACACCAGGAAAAAUUAGGAGAACAGAGACAGAAGAGGAUGUGAACAGAGAAAAAACUGAGAAUGAUUCUGAGGCAUCCUACUCCUUUGCUGGGAGACAAAGCGAGGUGAAUCCUCGGAAAAGUAAAAGGAUGGCUGUUUCUCAUGAGGAACCUGAGCUCCGUCCAGUGGAGACACCAGGAAAAAGGAGGAGAACAGAGGCAGAAGAGAAGGAUGUGAACAGAGAAAAAACUGAGAAUGAUUCUGAGGCAUCCUACUCCUUUGCUGGGAGACAAAGCGAGGUGAAUCCUCAGAAAAGAAAAAGGAUGGCUGUUUCUCAUGAGGAACCUGAGCUCCUUCCUGAGGGGACACCAGGAAAAAGGAGGAGAACAGAGACAGAAGAGAACCAUGAGAAGUCAGAAAAGACGGAGAAAGAUUCAGAGUCAUCUUACUCCUUCGUUAGAAGUCAAAGCAAGACGAAUCCUCUUACAGAAGAGAACCAGGAAAAGACAGGAACACAGCCUGUUAGAAGAAUCAACCCUUUUCGAGAAGAUAUAUAUUUUAUGUAUAUAGCAAAGUUUCAUGGACGCUACCUUUUGGGAGAGCUGCUGGGACAAGGAGGCUUCGGUGCCGUCUAUGCAGGCAUUAGGAAAUCCGAUGGGCAGAAGGUGGCCGUUAAAAUUGCGUUCAAGCAAGAAGAUGAACCGUUUACCACUCUGCCUGGUGAAACACGUAGACUCCCUCUUGAGGUGGCGCUAAUGGAGCUCGUGUGCAAGCCGCCUCGCUGUCCACAUGUGAUAGAACUGCUGGAAUGGUUCGAGACGCCCACAUUCUUCAUCUUGGUUCUGGAGCGGCCCGACCGCUGCGUUAAUCUCUACAAAUACUGUAGCUCUCUAAGUGAUGCAGUGUCUGAAUCUCAGGUGAAAACUAUCAUGGAGCAAAUAAUUUGGGCUGCAAUUCACUGCAGUAAACGGGGUGUGAUCCAUCGAGACAUCAAGGAAGAAAACAUUCUCAUCAACCCCAAGACCCUUGAAGUGAAGCUGAUCGAUUUUGGUUGUGGUGCGCUGCUUAACGACAGCCACGACAUACCAUUCGCAGGCACUACACUUUUCCUUCCACCUGAACUGAUCGUUAAAGGAGAGUACGAGGCGGAACCUGUCACCGUCUGGGGUCUUGGCAUACUCAUUUACAGCCUGUUAUGUGGACAAGAGCCUAUUUAUGAUCAUCACAAUAUUGGUGAAGGUGACAUGUACAUACCCAGUGAGCUGUCUGAAGCUUCCUGCAAACUGAUAAACUGGUGCCUGCAAUGCGAUCCUGAAAGAAGACCAAGUCUGCAGGAAGUCAUCUCAGAUGACUGGUUCACAACACCAGAAGAGGCCUAAAUACAUUACAAUACAUUGCAUUUAUGGCACGCCCUUAUCCAGAGCGACUUACAUUUAUCUCAUAUUAUAACACAUCUCAUUUUUAUCUUAUCUCACAUAUCUCAUUUUUUUAAAAAUACAGCUGAGCAGUUGAGGGCCUCGCUCAGUUGUAGCCCAGUUCACAUCCCAGCACCGCCAAGCUGCUGCUGCUGGGAUUUGAACUGAGCUACAACUUCCCACUUCCCAAGUAAACUCACUUUGUCUAGUGCACAUGGAUUGUACUGAAUACUGAGUUCUACACCACCAGUAAAAACAUAUCGCUAUACCAUACUACAGUUUUAAAUAUCUCAAUAUUUAUGAUUAUAUCUGUACCUUUUGCUUGAACACAUUCCUUACAGAAGAAAAAAAUAAAAAAUAAACAUGGAAACAAAAAGCAGCCAGGGAUUUCCCAGGUCAGUGAGAAUUUCCUCAAUGUGUGCUGUAAAACAUUCAAACAAAGUCAUAAAAGACGCAAGUCAUGAAUUUGUAACUACAGUUUACUUACAAAUUUAGGCUCUCCAACAACCAUAACAGUUGAGCUGCUGAGCUCUGCUCCUUCUCCUCAAAAGGACGAUUGCAAUUCACCUUGCAGGCAGCAGAGGCCUCUAUAGAUUGCUUUUAAAUCUAACCAGAAAAAAAAAACAGGUAAAAAUAAUCAUGUGAUGCAGUAAAACUACACAAAAGACAAUUUUUCAUUUUGAUUUGCACAAAUACACUUAAGAACAUUUUAUUAUAACAUAAAAUGUAUAGAUAGACGAUACAUAAUAGACGACAGCUUGGUUUACAGUGAAAAUAAAGUAGCAAGUCAAAAUAUCAUGUAUCUUAUUAGAUUAUCAUGUGUUUCUAGUCUUGUUCAACUGGCAGAAAUGUUUUAUUACAAUUUCAAUUAAAAAAGAAGCUAAAUGAAACCAAUAGUACUUUAGAAUUUCAGGCUUUGGCUGAGGAAAAAGGGUCUUUCAGGCACUAAAGGCUUUAUAAGACAGCAUUCAUUUACCAUAUGCAUCAUGGCCAGUGGCACACAUUAUUUUGGUUUUAUGACCGAGUAAUGCAAAUAUCCAAAUCUAGACUAGACAAGAGUCAAACUAACAGUGUGAGUGUUAGUAACUGAGUGUUGGUGACAAUGCUCUGAUUAAUACAUCAUCCAAUGUCAAUGUACAAACAAUAAUUAAAAGAUAAUAUGCACCAAGACAUAUAUAAAUAUGUAUAUAUUUUAAAAACAACCUAUUAACUAUUCUUCACUAGUGCAUAUUCAUCCUUGGAUAAAGCUGUUAUAAGAUCUCUUGCAAUAUGUCUAAUAAAUCCAGUUGA